AUGGCGAAGAUGUACAAGUCUGUUCGUGCUAACCAAGGAGUUACGGAUGACAACGGCGGGGAAUCUGCUGAUAACGGUGGCGGUGGCGAUGGUGGCACUGGUGGCACUGGUGGCUCUGGUGGCCCUAGUGGCCCUAGUGGCACUAGCGAGUACUCUCACUCUAAAGGUCCUUCUCCACCAAGGAGCACCCAGCCCAAGAAAACUACGACUGCUCCCACUACGGCGAAAAUGACUAGCAGCAUGCCAGCAAAAAUCACCAGUACCCCAACUACGGCGAAAAUGACUAGCAGCAUGCCAGCAGGAAUCACUAGUACCCCAACUAAGACAACUACAACUCGAACUACGACGACAACUACAACUACGACGACAACUACCACUACGACAACUACGACUACGACAACUACGACAACUACGACAACAACACCGCCCCCGCCCCUGAUGUGCUCGGUCAGCGAAACGGCGACGCAGCCGUUUACGUACCCGGAUGACGGCAUCUGUGACAUCCUCAUCUUCUCUCACUUGGUAAUACUAAACGGCACAUUGAGGCCUCUUGUUUAUCCAGAGAGUUACAUCACGUUCCACAACCUCUGUCAAAACCGGUACUCGAAGACGAGUGGUGGGAUAUCGUUCGACGCACGGUACAUCAAGAACGACCAGUUGACGAACAAUAUAAUGCAAAGCCUCCAAAAGAUUCGAGCACAUAAUAUCAAGCAUUAUGGCAUUCUGAACAUUUACGGCAAUGUCCGCGAGGUCACGGAGUAUUCAGCAGAUUUGGGGGCUAUAACCAAGAUAGACCUGGAACUUCCCCAGAUUAUGUGCUCCGGGUGGGGACUUGCCUUGAUCACAAUAGUAGAGCUUCUUGGGAAGUAA